AUGUGCUCUCUCAGUGCAGCCAACGCCAAGUUCUGUCUUGACUUUUUCAGAGAGCUGAACAAAAGAAAAAGAAAUGAAAAUAUCUUCUUCUCCCCACUAAGUCUGUCAGCUGCCUUUGGAAUGGUUGUCCUUGGAGCCAGGGGCAGCACACUCGAGCAGAUUGAGAAGCUCAAGCCUACCAUGAAAUAUCUGUUUUCCUGUUUGAAGUGUGAAGAAGAUGAAGGAGUCCAUUCCCAGUUCCAGGCUCUGUUGGCUGAAGUCAGUGAACCUGGACCAGGCUGUUGUCUCACCAUUGCCAACAGGCUCUUUGGAGAAAUUACUUAUCCAUUCUUCCAGCAAUACUUGGAUUCCACAAAGAAAUUCUAUCGAGCAGAACUGGAACCAGUAAAUUUUAAAUACACUGAAGAAGAAGUCAGAGACAAAAUUAACUUUUGGGUUGAAAAUGAAACAAAAGGUAAAAUCAAGGACCUAUUUGCUGCUGGUUUUAUUGAUCCCUCUACUGUACUUGUCCUGGUCAAUGCUAUAUAUUUUAAAGGAAAGUGGGCAGUAGAAUUUAAGAAAGAAGACACUAAGGAAGCAUAUUUCCACCUCAACAAGAAUGAGAGAAGGAAAGUGCAGAUGAUGUUUCAAGAAGGAUAUUUUAACAUGGCCAUCAUAGAGGAACUGAAAACAAAAGUCUUAGAGCUCCAAUACUUCAAUAAUGAACUGAGCAUGUUCAUUCUUCUUCCUGAAGAUGACUGUGAGGACUUUACUGGCCUAGAACAGCUUGAAUGUGCCCUCACCUACGAAAAACUCACAGAAUGGACCAGCUCGGCUACGCUGCAACCACUGAGAGUGAAGGUGUACCUGCCCCAGUUCAAGAUGGAGGAAAGUUAUGUUCUCAACAACACUCUCCAGGAGAUGGGGGUAAUGAAUGUUUUUGACUGGGGAAAAGCUGAUUUGUCAGGAAUCUCUAUGAAAGGUGGCUUGGUUGUGUCCAAGGCCAUCCAGAAGACAAUCGUGGAAGUCAAUGAAGAGGGCACUGAAGCAGGUUGUUCCACGGGGCUUCUUGCAAUGCCUCUGUGCUGCCCAGUAACUUGUGAGUUCAGAGCUGACCAUCCAUUCCUCUUCUUCAUCAGACACAACCAAACCAACACCCUUCUCUUCUUUGGAAGAUAUUCCUCUCCUUAAGUGGAGGUUAUAUUGGAAAUUAGAUCUUUCUCCCCACUUACAUCCCAACUGGCAAGCAAUAAGGAUAAAAGACAAAAGAAAAGACAUUUCUCUGGACUUUUUACAGCAAAGCAGACUUUAGGAUAUAAAAAGACCAUCUGAGAAGACCCAAAUUAAAGAUAAAACCCUAAACCCCAUGAAUCUUAGGCAUAUUUUAUUUUUAGGAGGUCUCAUGAAAAUGACAUCUACCUUAAAAUACACUAUGAGGUAUUUGCCAAAAAGCUGUAGUCCUCUAGAGAUAUUUGCGAAG